UUGGACAUCACUUCAUGACUUGGAACGAAAACUCGCAAUCAAAAUAGACAAAAUAGCACAAUCCAAGGAUGGAUGAAGCAUCAUUAGAAGCGACAAUAGAUGCAUAUAAGACACAGCUUAAGCAAAUAGAGACUGUCCUAGCAAGCAGAAGCAGUGCCAGUGAAGGUGUGGAGGCUCUUCAUCAACUCCUGCAAGAUUUGAAAGAUGUCAUUGAGUUAACCCAAGGAAGUCUGCUUUCCUUGCGGAAGAGCAAACUCUUGAGCUAUGUUGAUGACAUCACGGGUCCUCCGCAAGCUGAUAAGAAGACAAGAAAUGGUGCUGAAGAAACCCAUCCAGUUGACGUGGAUGAAGAGUAUGCAGCUUUUCAGGCUGAAAUUGCAGCAACGAGCAGCUCCUCUUCCAAGGGACCAGCUAGAACUAACCAAAGACUAGAAGAUGAUGCUGAUGAGGAUGUUGAGGAGGAGCAGGAGGAGGAUGGAGAUAUGAACGACUUCGAGGAUAUUUCAGGAACCAGCUGCAGCAUUCUCUACAGACAUGAAUGGGGUGCGCACCAGAGACACAAUGCUGUAGUUUUAUCCGUAGAACCAUCUUCACCAGAUGACGAUGAGAUCAAGUUGCGUGUCCUGUUCUGUAACCCAACGAACACCUCUAUGAAGCCCUGUCCCUUCUUCUUCAAAGGAGAGUGUCGCUUUGCAGAAGAGGAAUGCAAGUUUUCUCAUGGUCACAUUGUCAAUGCAUCUGAAUUGAAACAAUUCCAAGAAAUAGAUCUCAGCCAGCUCUCUAUAGAGGGCAGGUGUCUCGCCAAGUACGAUGAUGAUAUCUGGUAUCCCGCCAGUGUCAUUGACAUCGACAAGGACACCAACAAUGUAACUGUUUGCUUCGAGUCUUAUGGCAACUCAAUCACGGUGGAAGCCCAAAAUGUAUUACCCAUCGGAACUCAAACGGCAUUAGACGAUGAUGAGGAGGAGGAGGAUGAAAACCGUAGCAUAGAUAGUGAUCACAACGAGCCAUCGACAUCGAGCAGGAGUCGGCUUGGGGAUGAUGAUGAAGAGGAAGAGGAGGAGGAGGAUGAAGUCCCAGAUGUGUUAUGGAUGCCUUCAGGGCCGUCUUGUAAGCUGGGAGAAUGGGAGACGCACACCAGAGGAAUCGCUUCAAAGAUCAUGGCUAUGAUGGGUUAUGAGAUAGGGAAAGGUCUUGGCAAGCAUGGAGAAGGGAGAGUAGAACCGGUUGAAGCUGUGAUGGUUCCGCCAGGGAAGUCGUUGGACGCAAUCAUGAAAUUGAGAGAGACAAAGAAACUUGGCAUUGUGGGUAAAAAGAAGAAGAAGAGGGGGAAAGGGAAGAAUAGAAAGAAGAAAAACGGUGCAGGAAACAGCAACAUGACCAAGUUAAAGAAGCCUAAAGAUGUCUUCGAGUUUAUCAAUACUCAUCUUGGUGCAAAGAAAAUAAAGGUCAACGAACUGUUAGCAGAUAACACAUUGUUUGUUAAGACUAAUAGGAUACGCAGAGAGGAGAGUCAGGGAGAGAAGAAAGCUAACACAAGACAACUAAAUGUUCAGCUUCUAAAAACACAGGAUGAAACUAGAUCUACAGAGAAGAGGCUAACACAACUAAGAAAGUCAUUAGUUAGGAAUCAAAGUGAUAAGACAUCGUGUGCAGCUAUUCAGCUUAAGAUCCAAAGAUCAGAAGACUACCUUGCCACUCUGAAAUCAUCGCAGAGAAAGCUGGAAAGACAGAAAACCAGUCGAGAUGAUCACAAGAAACUAACAAUAUUUUGAUGGAUGCUUCACGACUGAACAGUAAUCCUUUUUUAACCGCGAGGCUUCAGUAUAGAUUGACUCUGUUUCUAAAGAAAGAAAUAUUUUUAACUAGGAUCGCCGGAAAAUCCCGGACUGCCAAAUCCUUGUUGACGUUGAUCUGACGCUGGUUCCCGCUUUGCAUUCGGUGUCUGCUCGCUUACUUCUCCCGAACCCUGACUAAAGUUUGGCGCACAUCGAUGCAGUGACAUUAUUUUUCUGAUUUUUAAUGCACGGGCCGUGCGUCGUCUGUGUGAUUGGGCCUACACGAUCGUGAAAUCUGUCGAAAACCUUUUUCAAAUAUAGGUUCCUAAUAGCUGUGAAUAGGAAGUUUCUAAUCACCCCAAUUUUGUAUUCAU